AUGGAGCACUCGGAAGGAGGCGAGCAGAGCCAGCAGCAGCAGCAGCCCUGGGGGAAGCUGAUCCGGCUGGGUGCUGAUGAGGCAGAGCCGCACGUCUUGCUGCUGAAAAGAGAAUGGACAAUUGGUCGGAAGAAAGGUUGUGACUUAUCUUUCCCUGGCAACAAGUUGGUGUCUGGAGAUCACUGUAAAAUAGUAGUAGAUGAAGAAUCUGGUCAAGUGUCAUUGGAAGAUACAAGUACUAAUGGAACAGUAAUUAAUAAACUGAAAGUGGUGAAGAAGCAGACAUACCCUUUACAGACUGGGGAUGUGAUCUAUGUUGUUUACAGAAAAAAUGAGCCAGAGAACAAUGUUGCUUAUCUUUAUGAAUCCUUAAACACAAAACACGAUGCAACUCAAGAACCAGUAGAAGUUAAUGUAGAAAACCAAUGCCAUGCGACCAAAGAUACCUCAAGUACAGGAAGAAGUAAUGAUGAGACCCAAAUUACCUCAUCACUGUCAGCUACUCAGUCUUGCUAUGAGGAACCACAGCCAUCUACUUCUACAUCUAACCUCUUUAAUGCUUCUUCUACCUCUAUGUUUGGAUUGGUGUGUGUAUCGUCAGUGUUUGAGUACCUGUUAUUUUCACAUGUCCCAAUCUGUAUGCAGCUAUGUUCAUGUUUCUGUUUUUAUUUUGCAGGAUCACAAUCCUCAGUUUUCACUCCUGUGCCUGCUUUCCCCAUCUUGGAAUCUGUGUGUCUGAGAACGCUGCAGGACGAACAUGAAAAGCUGGAUAUGAAUACUGAACCUUCUGCAAUCACUUCAGAAAUCACUGACAAAGAAAAAGCAGAAUCAGAUUCUCAAAGGACAGGGGAGGAGGAAGGUUUGGAACCUGCUAAGAAGAAACUAAAAGGAGAUGAAGAUGCUUGUCCAAAUCUUUCACCAGCAGCUCCAAGUGAAUGUAUAAUUAAAAUUGGCUUUGAAGAUGCAAAAACAUCAAAUGUGAAACCAGAUAAGAUGGAAGAAACACUAACUUGCAUUAUCUGCCAAGAACUGCUGCAUGACUGUGUAAGCUUGCAGCCUUGUAUGCAUACUUUUUGUGCUGCCUGCUACUCAGGAUGGAUGGAAAGAUCUUCUCUAUGUCCAACUUGUCGUUGUCCAGUAGAACGCAUUUGUAAAAAUCACAUAUUGAACAACUUGGUUGAAGCUUAUCUGAUUCAGCAUCCAGAUAAAUGUCGUAAUGAAGAUGAUGUACGUAGCAUGGAUGCUAGAAACAAAAUUACUCAAGACAUGUUGCAACCUAAGGUGCGGAGAUCUUUUUCAGACGAGGAAGGAAGUUCUGAAGAUUUGUUGGAAUUGUCAGAUGUAGAUAGUGAAUCUUCAGAUAUCAGUCAACCAUAUAUAGUAUGCAGACAGUGCCCAGGGUAUCGAAGACACUCUGUUCCAACUCUGCCUGGCACAGGCCAAGAGACAGAAGCAGGAGGAAUGCAAGCACUGGGAGAUGCACCAUCUACAUCAGCCAACUUCCCUGCAGCUGUCCAGGAAUAUGUAUGUCCUGCUCAAGGAAGCCAUGUAAUAUGUACCUGCUGCUUUCAGCCAAUGCCUGACCGAAGAGCAGAGCGUGAACAGAAUCCUCAUGUUGCUCCUCAGCAAUGUACAGUUUGUCUGCAACCCUUCUGUCACUUAUAUUGGGGCUGCACUCGGAUGGCGUGUUUUGGCUGUUUGGCACCAUUCUGUGAAAUAAAUCUUGGUGAUAAGUGUUUAGAUGGCGUCCUAAAUAACAACCACUACGAGUCAGAUAUCCUAAAGGAUUACCUGGCAUCCAGGGGUUUGACGUGGAAAAAUAUGCUAAACGAAAGUCUCUUAGCUCUUCAAAGAGGAGUUUUUAUGUUGUCAGAUUACAGAAUUACUGGGAACACAGUGCUUUGCUACUGUUGUGGCCUUCGCAGCUUUCGAGAACUUGCCUACCAGUACAGGCAGAAUAUUCCUGUUGCUGAAUUGCCAGUUACUGUCACAUCACGUCCUGAUUGCUACUGGGGGCGCAACUGUCGAACUCAGGUCAAAGCACAUCAUGCCAUGAAAUUCAAUCACAUUUGUGAACAAACACGAUUCAAGAACUGAAUAUUUGUAGUUUGUAGAGAGGGGACAAAAACCUGACACACUGCUUGUACAGUUUAAGGUUUCAGGGGAUCUUCUCAUUUCCCCCAUAGCAGGGACUCAAUAACUUUUGCAUCAGGUAAUCUGGUGUGAACUUUUUAAUUAGUAGAAUUUUACAGCUGUACAUGAAUAAGGUAGUUUUUCUUUUUUUCCAAGAAAGUCCAGCAAGCAUUGCAUUCCAUCCUCAUGACUACAGUGUCCCUGUAUCACUUCA